GCGAACAUGUUCAUACAUUCACCCGGGACCAUCCGCGGAAAAGGAAGAAAAUUACUGGCUGUCAGAAAAGUUUUCCUGCGGGGAAAGGAUAGGGCUCGUUCGGGCAGAGGACCGCCAGAGGAUCGCGCUCUCAGGAUUAUUAAGUGUCGCAAUAAACUGUAUUCAUCAUGGACGCGCUAAAAUCAGCCGGACGCGCGAUCAUUCGCAGUCCCAGUCUGGCUAAGCAGUCUUGGACCUCUGGAAAACAUAAAAAGUUGCCAGAGAACUGGACAGACACGCGGGAGACGCUGCUGGAGGGAAUGGUCUUUCAGCUGAAGUAUCUGGGCAUGACGCUGGUGGAGGAACCCAAAGGAGAAGAGAUCUCAGCCGCUGCUGUCAAGAGAAUCGUUGCCACAGCUAAAGCUGGUGGGAAGAAGCUUCAGAAGGUGACGCUGAAGGUUUCUCCUCGAGGGAUUGUUCUCUAUGACAGUGUAUCAAACCAGCUAAUAGAGAAUGUGUCCAUAUACAGGAUAUCAUACUGCACAGCUGAUAAGAUGCACGAUAAAGUGUUCGCCUACAUCGCUCAGAGUCAAUGCAAUGAAACGCUGGAGUGUCACGCGUAUCUCUGCACCAAGAGGAAAGUGGCUCAGGCGGUGACGUUAACGGUGGCUCAGGCUUUCCGUGUGGCAUUUGAGAUUUGGCAGGCUGCUAAAGAAGAGAAAGAGAAGCAGGUGAAGUGUGGAUCAGAUGGAGAGGCGGCCAGCAGCUCUCAGUCUGACAGUUCGGCCAGUCUGGGCAGCACGAGAGGAGGAGAGGUGGCCACUGGGGAUCUGCUGGACUUUGAAUGUGGAGUAAAAGAUCGCUCAGGACAAGACGACACACACCCAGCACAGAACCUCAGCACAGAGAACAACAACACUGUAUGGGAACUUGAGGAUGGUCUAGAUGAGGCUUUCUCAAGACACACAGAGUGCCGUUCCUGAGAGAUUAGCAGACAUGAGAUGAGCUGUUUUACAGCAGCGGGGGUUCAGUCCAUCUCUGAUUCACGCUGAUUAUUUGUCGUGUGCAGUAAUUAAAGUGUUGGCUUUUAAUCAAACGCAGCGCUUCGUUAAUCUUCAUUUAGCAUGCUUUCAGCCUGUAAGUGUGAGGAGAGACGCUCCAGAUCUUUGACAUGCAAGAACUCUUCCAAUCAAGGAUGAAUUGGGAGUGAGUAAAUCCCUGAUUAAUGAAGUGCUUUCCAUCAAAAACUGAAGCGGUUUUAGUGUUUCGAGGUGGUUUCUUCUCCAAAACACUGGGAUGAGAGACAAAUAGUACAAAAUAGUACAAAAAAAAAAAUGAAAUGGCUUGCUGUACUGAACUUCAGUUUUGUCCAAUAGAAGAUCU